AAACCAGCGGUGACAGAGCCAUAGACCUGUAUAUAAAUACACACCCUAAUACAACGGCAACGCAUGGACGCGCACAGCCCUUGGUUGCUUUUCUCAAAUAAUUACUCCACUUUUCAUAAUCGUCAUCACAUUUCAAUCCGCAGAAUCUCACACUGACGGAGCAAGAACGAGAUGGGGGAAGAGAAGAGGCACGAGAUGAUGCAGAAUCUGUUCGGCGACGAUCAGUCCGAAGAGGAAGAAGAGAUUGAUUCCGAACACGAGUCCAAUCCCCAGCCUAACUAUAUCUCGGACGAAGCUGAUGGAGGACCGGAGGUUGAUGUUGAAGGUGAAGGUGAAGUGCAGGUGGGACAUGGGGAGGCAUACGUGGAAAGUGAAGGUGAAUUGCGUGAUGUAGAACCUGAUCCCGGAGAAAGUGAGGGUGAAGGAGAUCAAAUAUCUCAAGAGGUAGAUGUUGUUGACCAAAGGGAAGAAAGUGAAGCAAAAUACACAGACAGUGAUGAGAAAGAAGAAUAUGGUCAGAGAGUAGUGACAAGCAGGAGAAGGGAAGUUGUGGAAAGUGGGUCAGAGAGGUCUGACGAAAACCAUUACCCUGACAAUGAAGAUGAGGUUGAUGAAGCUAGAAGUCCAAGCAGUCAGUCACCUGGGGUGGGGCAGGAUCAGACACAUAUUUUACAGUCUGCUGCUGAGAUUCGUGAUGUAUUUGGUGACUCAGAUGAUGAAGACUUUGGAGGGUAUGCAAUUCGGAAUGACAUUGAUCAAGAUUCAAAUAGAUCUCCUGUGGAAGAGGAAGGGAGUUAUGGAAAAAGUUUAAGACCAGAUGAUAUGGUGCCUGAUGAAGAUAUGCGGUAUGAGUCAGAAGAGGAGCAAGUUGAGCCCAAACUUAAAGAGAAGCCAGUUGGCCCCCCAUUAGAGCUAGAAAUUCCAUUGCGUCCACCUCCAGCUGAUCCAACUAAGAUGAAUAUGAUCAAAGUUUCUAAUAUAAUGGGCAUUGACCCAAAGCCAUUUGAUCCUAAGACAUAUGUGGAAGAGGAUACCUUUGUGACAGAUGAGUCUGGAUCAAAAAAGCGUAUACGCUUGGAAAACAAUAUAGUGCGCUGGAGGGCUGUUAAAAAACCAGAUGGCUUAACAUCAUAUGAAAGCAAUGCACGCUUUGUGAAAUGGUCAGAUGGCAGUUUACAGUUAUUAAUUGGGAAUGAAGUUCUUGACAUUUCCGUCCAAGAUGCGCGACAUGAUCAUGCGCACCUUUUCCUUAGGCAUGGAAAGGGAAUCCUGCAAUCCCAAGGAAGAAUUUUAAAGAAGAUGAGGUUUAUGCCAUCAUCACUGUCAUCAAAUUCUCAUAGAUUAUUGACUGCUCUUGUAGACUCACGGCACAAGAAGGUUCACAAAGUUAAGAACUGUAUCACUGACAUAGAUCCUGAGAGAGAAAAGGAGGAGAAAGAAAAGGCUGAAAGUGAAACAAUUAGAGCUAAUAUACUUCUAAACCGGAAGAGAGAAAAGGUAAACCGGAAGUACACGCAGACCAUAGACAGGAGGCGCCAACUUUCUACUGGGUAUUUGGAGGAUGCUCUUGAAGAGGAUGAUGAGGGAGACUAUCAUGACUCUCGUCGUUCUCGCCGACGCUUUGAGGAAGAGCUGGAAGCGGAAGCUCGAGCAGAGAAACGCAUUAUUAAUGCCAAAAAGGGACACAGGGACAUCCCUUGGAAAUCAUCCUUACCAGCUGCUAAAUCAUCAAAGCGGCCAGUGGACUUCUCUGAUAGUGAGAGAGAGGAGUCUGAGUAUGAAACUGAUGGAGAAGAAGAUGAAAGAUCUCCACGCAAGAGGGUUGAUGAGCCAGAACAGGAAUAUGAUGAGGAAGAGGAAGGAGAAGAGGAGCAUGAAGAAGAGGAGCAAGAUAUGAACAGGGUGUCUGAGGAGGAGGAGGAGACUCUGGGACUUAGGCAAAGAGGAAGGGACUCUGGAAGUAAUCUCAAGCGCAGGGGAAUUGAAUCGGAUGAGGACUCUCCUCCAAGAAAGAUGCCAACACAUCGACGAAUGGCAGUUGUUUAUGACAGUGAUGAGGAUUGAAAACAAAAACUUCCUUGAGACUGUAUGCCAAACCAAUUAUGCAGCAUCUGGAGGUAAAACAAGAGAGAUGCAUCCUCGAGGCAGAUCUUAAAGUAAGAUUACAUUUUAUCUUGCCAAUUUCACAGUUCAUAAGCAGGACUCUUUUGACCGCAUGCAUUGAGAACAAAGACUUGUAUUUUAUUUUCAACAAAAACAAUAGCAAAAUAUACAAGGAAACUGAUGGGCCGUUGGAUUCGGAAAGGGUCUUUCGUUUUAUAAUAUUUAAAAUUUUGAUUUA